AUGGAUCUCGGAGGAAACAUCGACAAGCUUCUCCCAUUUUACGUACUGCAAAUUCGCAAACACCGCGCAGUGGCAUUACACUACGGAGUACUGUGCCACGGCGACUUUAACGACCGGUCAUUUCGGGGCUCAGAAAAUAGAAACCGCCGUUCCUGGUCGCCUACCUAUCCCAGGUACCCGCCGGGCCCGUCCAACGCGAGAUACCUGUCAACACCAACUGAAUGUUGA